GCUGGAAGAAGGUGUGCUUUUGGGGAAGGAGGGCUGAUGAGAAGAUGGAGCAGACAAGCAAAGGAUUCCUCGACUGGGUUUGGCUCUUGCCACAGAACGAAGAGGGUCGGCAGAGAGUCCAAUGAGUCCCGCAUGCAAGGCCCAAGACAGGCUGGUGUGGCAGUAGCAAGUCCAGAAGUAGUGAGACACCACACCAGGGAGCAGUCAUGGAUCAGAAGGACAAUUACUAUUGCCUACCCAGUCUACAAUGGAGGAAGGGUGCUGAUUAUUGACGAUUUUGGCGGAACACUGGACGAGCUUUACAGUGACGCCGCUACAGACGAUGGCGAUGAAGAUCCAAUGAGGUCAGUCAGUGUCCUAGGAGAAAGGACACCAGACCGUGAUCUGAGCGAAGCCUUCUCAGAAGAGUUCGAUCAGACUGCCCUACCAAGCAGUACAGAGUUCAGCACGGUGGUGGGUGAGAGUGUCACCAGCUCACAUGACAAGAAAUACCCUGCUUCCUCGUCUCGCCUUGUUAAAUUCACAGUUACUCUGACGCUGGCCAUUCCGGAAGGUCUUGAGGGUGGCGGAAAGAAAUUGAUCAAAAAGUCCAUAUCAAUGAGGUCAUUGGAAGCAUCAAAACCCCUCAAAUAUUUUCAUAUCGAAUGGACCCUUCUCCCAAAUGGUGAAGUGACAAAACUCGAUAUAGUGACCUUUGCGACAGCAGCAAAAGUCUAUAUGGGAAUAGACAGCCAGGUUCUGAAGCCAUGGUAUGAUGGUGAUCAAAUGUGGUUGGUCUUCAGUCAUAGUGUGGAGCUGCCAGUCUCUAAAGAAACACUGUUAAAACUUGGUUCUUAUGUGAUGACACUUCAUAUAUGGGACAGUAAGGAUAAAGUCAGCUCCAAGGCAAAAUUUGAUCGGUCCAAGCCUUUGCGUAUUUUCAUGGAGAACAAAAAUAUGGAUGAAGAAAAACAUUUAGUUCAGGAGCAGUUAAAACUGUUAAAAAAUAGUCCCCUCUUGACAACCUAUAAAGAAACCAAUCAUAUAUACCCAGAAGAUAUAUCUCAAAUCCUUGGAGAAGGUCCUGUUACCUCAUCAGACGAAGCCAAAAUUGAGCAUUUAGAACCUGCCAGUCGUGUUCAACCACAACAAAGUGAGAAAGAGCCAUGUGCAGACUUCAGACAAGGUAAAGUAAAGAAAAAAAAGAUUUCAGCAUCACAGACACCUACAAAGGGAACUUCUCACAAAAAACGAACAGGAGGUGUUACUGCAGCUGAACCAAAAACCAAGCCCAAAAGCAAGACUCUGCAUGAGGAAGUUCCCCAGCAACGAAGUCAGAAAAAGAAAGUGACAGAGAAAUAUCGCUCAGGUACAAUAAAGCUGGAUAUGAGGCUGCUUCUUGCAGGAGAAAAAUCAGUCACAAAUAAAAUGGAUGAUAGAAUGCCUGGAAUACGGGAUGCUAUUUUCACGAUAUCAGUGGAUAAUUCACUUAUGUCUGAAGAAAUGGAGAGAGAGUUGAAUCCAAUGGUCAUUCGUAUUAUUUCAGCCAGCUCCAUGCCAUCGACUCCUGUACCAAUCCAUGUGCUACAGGAAAAAUGUGGCCCUGUGUACUGUCAGUAUCGAUUCUAUGAUAUGCCCCGUCAUCAGACAAAAGCCAGAGGGCAUGGGACAGAGAUUUCCUUUAAGGAUGUGAAUGUGAUUCUAACAGGAACCUUCAAUCCAGAUAAACUCAAAGAGUAUUUACUUGGACCUCCACUAGAGAUAGAAAUUCAUGACCGUGACAGGAAGUUGGAGUUCCAGCCUGUACCACCAGCAUUGUUUGGUACUGAGGUGGAAGACACUAAACUGAGCAAUGUCGGUCUUGCUAGCAGUAAGCGAACUAUCCACGAUCCUUUCACAACUGCAAAUAAAUGUUGGGAUCCUUACGGCAUUGCUAAAGUGACCUUUUCUGACCUUAUAUAUGGUGAAAAGUGCUUGAAUGUUGCUGUAUCUAUCCAAAACAGUAGUAUACCAGAUCCAACUGGUUACAAAACAGAUGGAUUGGAUGAACGUAUUAUAGGUGUUUCAGGAGCUGUUGAUGUUUCAGAUGAAUGCCCGUUACCUAAAGGGCAUUAUUUGGAAUCAAACUCUGUUCUUAAUGUAAGAAUUGAAUUAGCUUAUCCUUUAAUGGGAAACACAGAUGUGCCACUUGAAACAGAGGAGUGCCAAUUUGGUCGCGUUAUUUACAUUUUUGACUAUAAAAACACAAAAUUUCUUAACGUAUUGCUGGAAACAAUUAAUUCAGUUAAUUCCGCCGCAAUUUGCCCAGAUUUUUUCUCAAAUGAUGGAAGUGAAGCAGCUGAUAUAGCAUUUAAAAUGGAGUCUGAGCUAAAAGAGAGCUCCAAACAAGAUAUUUUGACAGGUUUUCAUGUAAUGGAUGGAAAAAUACAUCUCUUCGUUUUGGAGGGACUGAGAAACGAAGGGCUCAGGAAAUUGUGGAGAAACCUGCCAGUCAGAUCUGUGGCUCCUGAAGAAGAAAGGAUUAAAGUGUUGUACAAUAGUAACUUCAGUUUUCACCAGAGGUUGUAUGCAUGCAUGGACGAUAAUGUUUAUCAUAUUCAUCUCCGUGAGCCAUUGCAUGAUAUUGUAAAGCAGCCUUUACUGUAUAUUAGGGAUAUGACUCCCCAGGACUGUUUUCAGGCAUUGUGUAGACUUCAAUACAUGUGCUGUGCCAAAAAGCUGAGACAGGUUGUGCAAGGUGACCUUUUCCCACCUGCAGAAAUGGUAAAGCUCCUGAGUCGUGAGUUUGGAAUCCCAGCCUCCAAAACAGGUCCACUUACUACCAAGACUGUGCCAUCCAUCAAAAUUGAACCUGUUUACAAACUUAAGCCCACAAAACGGGAAUCCUAUUCUCUAGUGGACAUUUACGAUGAAAAAUAUUUACAGAAGAAAAGUAAUCAAAUCUUUCCAGAUCAUGUUCAGGGUAACAUUGAUGCAGUUUCUCAGGCUGGCAAAAUGCUGAAGAAAACUAAGCGAAGAACAAUCACAGCCAUUUACCCUGAAGGCAAAGCAGUGCACAUUUACUCCAGUCAAGCCUUGAACUCUGCGCAGCAGGCAAAGGAACUGCUGCAUCAAGAAAUAGCUAAGAAGCCAAACAGCUACUUUACAUACAAUCAAGAUUUUUUGUCAGCAUCAGUGGCUCCUGUGGAUUCAGAAACUGAGAAAAAGAAAGCAAAAGAACGAUCAAAGUUAGCUUGGCUAACUCUUGAAGGAUUCAGGUUUCAUGGAUUCAAGAGUAGCCUAGAGUCUAAUGAACAUCCAAAAAAACCGGAUCAAGCACGGAUAAGUGACCUUAAGAAGGCUUGGAAGGAACAUAUUCUGUAUGGAAACCUAUUUAAACCAAUCCUUCCACGUGGCAGAUGGAAAUGGAGCGAAAGACAUAAAGAUUUUGAAUUAUACAAGAAGUUAACUUACGAACCAACCCCAGUCAGUAUUCAUUUGGCAGGUGACACUUUAAAAGCUGAACAACUUGAAACUAUUUACAAAGAUUAUGAGGACUGGCGUUCAAAACUUUUAGUAAACAAGAACAAGUGCUGCAAUCUUAAAAAUGCUGAAUUACAGACAACUGGGCCAGAAGCAAACACACAAGUGCAUAAGUCUGUGAUAGCCUCCCUCAAGCAACCCAUUUCCAUUUUACAGCGUACAGCUUAUGCAGAUGUUGGAAAUUUGAUAAGAUGUAAAUCCCCACAUCAGUCAGAAAUCACCAAAGGGUUUGCCCCUGGUUUAAAUGAUAACCGUAGCUGGAAAAUAAAUGCGAACAUAAUUCCUCGGUAUGACAUGGAACACAAGAAGUUUGCUGAUCUCAAAGGAAAUGAUUUCAAUGUAUACUGCAAUAAGCAUACGCUUAUUUACAAUCCUAAAUUCAAUCCACUAAAUGAGGAAAUGAAGACCCACCUGUUCCAAACAAACAAGCCUGCCACAGAAGUACUCUAAUCCACUCCAAAAACAGAAAUGCCCAUGCAGCUGACCUGAUUAUUUGACUAUUUUUUGUACAUUUCAUUGAUAAAACUGAUAUCUGCUGCAUUUGAUUUUAGCUGUGAUGAAUUUUAAUCAUUUCUACUGCUUAAGUAAAUUUGUAGAAUUGCUUCAGACUUGUUAAUAGUGAAGAUAAAUGCUGAAAAAUAUCGCAAAAGACUUUAUAAAGUAUUUCAGAACUUUAA